AUGACUGAUACACCUUUUUCCCCUUCCGGUGGAGCUCCUCGAGCUCCUCUUACCACCACAUAUUCCGCACCGAGUAUCUCUUCUAUCCCCCGUCGCUCUUCUUACGCCUCUGUGCUUUCAGGAACCGCCGCCCUAUCGCCACAGGCUAGCACUCCCUUCUCGCAGUUGAACUCCACUUCGUCCUAUCCCCCGCCGUUCCACCCCGAAGGCCGCCCGUCGAGGCACUCGGCCGCCGUGGAUGCAGAGAUGCAGACGAAUUCUCCCUGGAUGUUACCUCCGCAGGACACGCUUCCUCCAUACUCCCGGAAGUUCGCGAGCUUCCCGGCUUACGAUCCCUUCUUCCAGAAUCUCAGUAACUUCGCCGAGACACCUUCCUCCUUCACGCCUUCUUAUCUCCGCAACUCCCGGUACAUCUCUCGCCUCGAAGCUGCUCGUCGCGCCAAACCGGGAUCUCAACGAGAUGCUGCCUCCGUCUCGUCCGGCCAGGGCAAUUUGCCCCGGAUAGCGCCUUCAUACCGCGGGAUGACGUAUGAUAUUAUCGACAGGGAACCUGUCGGCGACGACGAUGACCAUAUUAUGCCGCUACCAUCCCGAUGGAGUGACUCGGACAAAUACCCAGGACUAGAACUUCUGAAUGAUGGUUUGGAAAUUCGGUACAAUGGGCCGGUUAACAAGCAGGAUCAUGAAGCCGCCUCUGUCCGAGCGGAUCACCCUAUGCCACCGCAAUGCGGGAUAUAUUAUUUCGAGAUCACAAUACAUUCGAAACCUAAAGAGGGGAUGAUUGGAAUAGGGUUUUCAAAUAACAAAGCAUCCGUCGAGCGGCUUCCCGGCUGGGAGCAGGAAUCGUGGGCAUACCAUGGCGACGACGGCAAAUCAUUCUUCGGCGAAAACCAAGGGCAAGGUCGGCAAUACGGCCCAACAUUCGGAGUCAAUGAUACUGUGGGAUGCGGGGUGAACUUUUCCACCGGAUGUGCUUUCUUCACAAAAAAUGGGGUCUUUCUAGGCAAUGCCUUUAAGGAACUGCGAAAUCUGAAAGUCUAUCCGUCCGUGGGAGUGAAGAAGAACCCCCCGGUACAUAUAUCCGCCAAUUUCGGCCAACAGCCAUUCAUGUUUGAUAUUGAUGGGAUGGUCAAGAAACAAAAGGAUACUAUCCAUGCUGAAAUUAGCAAGACGAGCAUAGCCAACAUACAACCGCCGCUGGACGAGACGGCCUUCCUGCAGGAAUUAGUUGCGCAAUUCUUAGCUCAUGAUGGCUAUGUAGAGACUGCCCGAGCGUUUGCAGAGGAAGUUGCCGCUGAGGCGGCAGCGCUAGAGAAUGGCCGUCAGGCGCAGCUUAAAAAGUACGAGGUAGAGGAGGACAUCGAGGCGAUCAAUCGGCAAAAAAUUCGAGCCGCUAUUCUCGAGGGCGAUAUCGAUAGAGCCCUCAAAUACACCAACGCCUACUAUGCUAAUGUGCUGCAACAGUAUCCUCACAUACACUUCAAGCUACGGUGCCGAAAGUUCCUGGAAAUGAUGCGGCGAUGUACCGAGCUGUCGUCGUCUGCAAAAAAAGGCAAAACCACCAAUGGUUUUUCCGACAGUGCCGUAUUCGACGAAGAGAUGGAGCUUGAUGAGCAGAUGCAAGACCGCGACCGAUGGGACGCUGAUGGAAUGGAUAUGGAAGAGACAGAGACUGCCACUAAAUCGAACGAGCUUUUAACUGAGGCCGUGCAGUAUGGACAACAGCUUCGGAUUGAUUAUCCUAGCGACGAAAACGGGGGCGAUAAGAAAUUGCUGGAUGAUAUCUUCUCACUGGUGGCAUAUCCAGACCCGAAGCGAUCGGUGCAUGGCCACUACCUGGACCCAGCCGGACGUGUUGCCGUUGCAGAGGAACUCAACUCGGCGAUUCUAGUGUCACUGGGCAAGUCCUCAGCAGCGGCCCUAGAGCGGCUGUACCAGCAAACGGAAGUAUUGGUCAAUGAGAUUAGUGAAGAGGGAGGCGCUGGGGCGUUCAUCAAUGUACGAAAUGACUUUUUACAAUAGGCUUCUGGCUUUCGUGGUUUGACGGCGCCGGGCGGGUUCGAGUAUUGAAGCAUUGCAGACUGUCAUCUGAGACUGGCACCUUGAUAUAUCAUUAUUCUCAACCUCUUUCAUCUAGCUCGAACUCCUCUCUCGUAUGCUUGUCAGACUUCAGCCUAGGAUUUAAGU